UUGUUCCUGUGUCAAAGACUGCUAGCUGGUAACAGGCUACAGUAGCCGUCUGUGACAGUUAGCUAUCGAGCAAAUCAACUUUAUCAGAGACGAAACUGACAACACAUUGGACUUUUAAACCUUUUUCAUGGCAGAUUUCUUAUGAGGACAACUGUCGGAGAGCAGUUUCACAAGGGAAAGCUCUGAAGAAUAGCCAGACAUCUACAUUACUUAGCAAGCUCACCGUUAGCUUAGCCUGGUUUGAUAGCAACACUAGCAAGCCGACCGACAUUAUAGUGAAAUUUAGAUUUUGAGCAUUUGUAUAACGUUAGUCUUUAAUUGUCUUAAUAUAUUUCGCAAUCUUGAUUGGUUGCAACUUUUAGAUUCGUUGUAAGUGGUUUCCGUCUAUCUAGUUAUAGAUAACCGGAUCAGUAUAGUUGCUGGUUUGGUUAGCAGUUUACUGAGCUUUCUCAUUUGAGGCUAUUCGAAAACCCCACACCGCUGGAAAUGAAUUCAAACGUUGAGAACUUGCCGCCUCAAGUGUUGAGACUCGUGUAUAAAGAGGUUUCCGCCUUGGCAGCAGACCCACCGGAGGGGAUCAAAAUCUACCCCAGUGAAGAGGAUAUCACAGAACUGCACACUGCCAUUGAGGGACCAGAAGGAACUCCAUAUGCAGGAGGUGUGUUCAGGAUGCGUUUGGUCCUUGGGAAGGAUUUUCCUGCUGCACCUCCCAGAGGCUAUUUCCUCACAAAGAUUUUUCAUCCUAAUGUUGGGCACAAGGGUGAGAUCUGUGUUAAUGUAUUGAAGAGGGACUGGAAGGCAGAACUGGGCCUGAGACAUGUAUUGCUAACCAUCAAGUGCCUUCUGAUCCAUCCUAACCCAGAGUCGGCUCUGAACGAAGAGGCUGGAAGGUUACUUUUGGAGGACUAUAAGGAGUAUGCAUCCCGUGCUCACCUUCUAACAGAGAUCCAUGCAAUGGGAGGCACUUCAGGGGCCCCUCAGGAGCCCGCUGAUGGACCCCAACCUAAGAAACAUGCAGGAGACCCAAACAAACGUGUAGCCGGGGCUGGUUUGGCAUCAAUGGCUGCUGGCGUCAACAACUCAAACGGCAGCUCCAGCAGCACAAGUAGCAGCAAUACUAAUAUAGUCGCAAAGAAGAAAACGGAUAAAAAACGAGCUCUGAGGCGGCUAUAAAAGAGAAUGAAUCUGUGUUUGUGUACAUAUAAAUAUUGAAGUGUGCAGACCCCCUUUUCACCUCCUUAAACUGUUAUACCGUUUUAGGAUAGCACGUUAAUUUUCUCAUGCUCCUACCAGAUCACUCCUGGUUUUUGUUCGGAUGUCUCUUUCAACUUACUCUCAGGACUUGUGGCACUUCUCUGUUUGACUGACAAAAGGGGGUUUUCAUCUGUCUGUCAAAUGUUUUACAAUUGUUCAGAUUAUGAAAAAAGUAGUAAAAGUUUUUGGACAAAUUAAAUUUGUGGCCUCUAGCAUUAUGUAAUGACCAUCAGCAGGAUUUUGAUGUGAUGUAUUUAAGUAGCGGGUGUGACGGGACGGAUAUUUUAAUUCUGUCCUAUUGCAUUUGGACUGAACCCAUUAAGUUACAGAUGAGGUAUUUUCAGGGGUUUAAUGAAGAAUAGUACAUUGCACAGGAUAUGAUCGUUGUGUUUGUGAUGAAAGAUCAGGAUUAACAGAGGGGGGGUUCAAAUGUGGUCUGAAUAUUAUUCAUGAAAAAUCUGUUUUUAAUGUUUUUUUGUGAGUGCAUAUUUGUGUGUUUUUUUUAUUUUUUAUUAUUUGUUUCCAGUUUUUACUCAAUUUGUCUGUUCUUUUAUAUUUUGUAGUUCACUUUUAAAGACCUUUUUCUGCUUUCAAGUGAAAGGCUGAUUUUACCUGACACUGGUGCUUGAGAGAGAAUCCUUAAUAGCCUUUAGGCCAGCUGAGGUAGAGCAAUGGGGCAAAUAGUUAAUCAUGAAAUGAGCCGGAAGUGGUGUUCAAUUGGUCUCAUCCUAGAAAUGGUUUAGUUAUACUUGUUAUGAAUAAGAGCAUUCGCCUGCUGUUAUAUGAAUACAGCUGCAUUUUCCUCUGGCUCUACUGGUCUCUCAAUCAAAAGGCUGUUAAGGAAUCCUCUCUGGUAGUCUGUUGUUGCCCAUUGUUACACUUUAUGGGGCCUUUGGUUCCUAAAGAUCCUCUCUAACGUAUGAACAUUGGGCAGGUCAUUGCUGGAACAGUUUGCCAGUGUUUCGAAAACUUGUGGAUAAACAAUGGGGCAUUUUGUGGCCAUUUAAGUUAUUUAAA